GUACAGCUAUAGUACAGCAACAGUGCAUGAAUGGUAUCGACAUUCACUGCUAUAUCGAUAUAUUGAGACACAAGUGAUGGCAUCUGAAGCACAAACACGUGUUCAACAGUCCUUCCAUCAGUUGAUGAAUGACCUGGACAAGUCAUGUAUGCGCAACAUACAGGGUGAAAUGCAUAAGUGCGCGGCCAAGUGCUGCGACCGCACCGACCUGUCCAUGGAGGGCAACCACGAGUGUAUAUCCCGGUGCUCACAACCCCUGCAGUCAGCCCAGGCAUACGUGGAGCGCGAAGUGAAUGCCUUUCAGGAUCGGAUCGAGAGGUGUGUCCUUAGCUGUCAGGACAGCAUUAAGGAUAAGAUCGGCGCCAAUACCACCGAUGACCAGAUGAAGGGAUUCACCGCU